UACCAACGGGGGCGAAUCUCACAUGAUUGACGGGGAUUGACGGGGACGAGAAAUGAAAAGUGCUCUCUGCGGCGAUUUGUGUGGUGCCAGUUUAGAAUCGUUGUGAGAAAAGGUGUACAUUAGAAAAUCAAUAGUUGAGUGUGCGUGCGUGUGUUCGGCUUUUCCUCUCGUUCGUCGGAUUUUUUUUUCUGAACGUAGUCCGUUUGUCGCACGUACUUGCAAGAAAACCUUGGCUGAAAAGCAGUUGGAGGUGAUCCUGAUUCGGCCAGUACGCGAAGGAACAGGGAAAACAGUUGGGAGAGGAGCGAAGAAAGUCUGCGCAUGCAAACAUUGAUCAUUUUGGGCAUGAGAAAGAGCAGAAGCAAAUCGCAAAGUCGAAGCUGAAACUCGUUUGUCCCAAAUUUUGCCUGGCACCGCAGCUCCAUCGAUUUCUCGCGAGUGACAAUUUAGCAGAGUAGGCUCUUUAAGUGAUUUUGAAGGAAAAGAUAGUAAAAGUUAGUUGGCCGGCUCCGUUAGUCGUUAACUGAUACUUUCGCUAGCAAAAAAUGUCGAGUCAACAGAAGCAUCGAAUUCAAGUUCCCGAUGGAUUAAGGGAUGUACUGUUGGAAUUUUCAAUUGCUUAUCUUCUGGAGCAACCUGGCGAUGUUAUUGACUAUGCGGUGACUUUUUUUACUAAAUUACAAGAAGACCGCAAAACAACAAUGCACACGUCUGUCGAACCAACUUCGCCAGAUGAGAGUAUAAUGUCACAUGAUGAAGAACCAUUAGUAAAUCGUUACGCAUCGCGCAGAAAGUCGGUUUUUGCAGAAACCUAUGACCCAGAAAACGACGACGAAGACGAAGGUGCAAGAGCCAUAUUUCCUAAAACAGAUGAACAGCGGGCUCGAUUGUGCGAUUCGGUGAAGAAUAUUCUCCUUUUCAGAUCACUGGAUAAGGAACAGAUGAAUGAGGUACUUGACGCAAUGUUUGAGAAAAUAGUCCAAGCUAAAGACUAUAUUAUCAAACAAGGGGAUGAUGGAGACAAUUUCUAUGUCAUUGAAUCUGGAACCUAUUAUGCUUAUGUUGGUGAGGAGCAGAAACAUAUACACACAUACGAUAAUAGAGGAAGUUUCGGAGAGUUGGCUCUCCUCUACAAUAUGCCAAGAGCUGCCACCAUUCAAGCCGAAACCGAUGGUAAAUUGUGGGCAAUGGAUCGUCAAACUUUUCGAAGAAUUCUGUUAAAAUCAGCUUUUCGAAAACGUAAAAUGUAUGAAGCUCUCCUUGACUCAGUCCCGAUGCUUAAGACAUUGCAAAAUUACGAGAGAAUGAAUCUGGCCGAUGCUUUGAUACCUCAAACAUAUGCUAAAGGUGAUCGAAUUAUUAAACAAGGCGAUGCCGCUGAUGGAAUGUAUUUUAUAGAAGACGGGAAAGUUUCUAUCCGUAUUCAGCAAGAUGCUGGAGAAGUGGAAAUAUCAAACCUAGGAAAGGGUGGAUACUUUGGAGAAUUGGCAUUAGUCACACAUAGACCACGAGCAGCUUCAGCCUAUGCUGUUGACAAUGUGAAAGUAGCAUUUUUGGAUGUGGACGCUUUUGAACGUCUACUAGGACCAUGCAUGGACAUUAUGAAGCGCAACAUUGGCGACUACGAAACGCAACUAGUGAAAAUCUUCGGUAGUAAAACUAACAUAAGCGACAUACGAUAAAAAGAAAAAAAUUAGUCUGGAAAACCUGCAGUUGAAUUGUAAGACAUUUGCUAAAUGAUCGAGUCAGCGACGAUGAAUACUGUACAGAAUUUUACUUAUCGAGAAACGCUCUUAUUUUUAAAGGCGUUCUUCAUCAAUUGAGUUUGAGUUUAUGAUUUGUCAGUAAAAGGUCAUGCAUUGUUCGGAAAUGAUAACCAAAACGAUUAUUAUCAGUUGGUCGUUUGCAUUUUCAAACUGCGAAAAUUAUUUAGUGAGAGUAAAUAGAAAUCAAUGAGGUAUUUUGGAAUACUAACUUCAUAUGAGAUGGUUGCAAAAGUAGUUGUAGAAUCUGAAUGUUCUGCUAUAUGGCGCAUCAUUGAGGACGAAACAAAAAUAGUCAUACAAUCGCGCACAGGUUAACUGUUAUAGGACUCUAUAUUCACUUUACCUGCAUAAUAGAUUAAGGAACGAAUGCUGCUGAAACUGUAACUGUAUGCGUCUGCUCUGGUCAAAUAAUGAAUGAUAAGCCAAGAAUAUAAAUUUGCAAACAACUAAAAGAAAUCAAAAUGUUUGACAUUCGCUCGGAAAAAUUGUACCCGAUAAUGCAUGCAUAAUCAGAGGCAAGAUUUCUAAUAUGUAAAACUGAGAAAUUUUGGAAGAAUAGGGGAUUUAUAAAGCACCAAUAUGGAAUAAACACAAGCUAGCCAUUGACUGCGAUAUAAGCCAGCGUAAAAGUUAUAGAUGAAAUGGAACUUCAUGAACAUACAUGAGUAUCUCUGUAAAACUUAUAAGUAUCUCCGAUGAAUACCACGCUGGAUGUAUCGACAUCUUUAGUGGGCAUGUAUUAGAAUGUAUGUAUGUCUGUAUCUAUGUGAAACAUUCAUAAUCAUUGAGAAUGGCGUUUAACGAAAUAGCUCCUUUUCAAGGCUUGAACAAUUGAUAUCAAUAUAAUUUUAUUUUUGGUAACUUGUUACAUUCAUCACAGGAGUAUGCUACACUUUUUAUAUUUCCAAUAUUGAUUUUAUUGCCUCUUCUAUUGUUUUAUGCGAAAACGUACCAACAAAUGUGGCAUCUUGGAUAUCGAAAACUGCAAAAUUUUAUAGAGCAUGGUAUAAAUCAGUGGUCUCAAACUCAUAUAAGCACGCGGGCCGCAGAGGACAGUAUCAGCAAAGCAGCGGGCCGCAGUUUAAGAAAUCCGCGAGUCCGCCGGCCGCACCAUUAUGUGGUGAAUGUUGAAAUGUUGAGAAUUUUUUUCUUUAUUCAUUUUUUCGAUCGUUAUUGUCACUGUAGAUGUAACACAAAUCUUUAAUUCCAACUGGCGCAUAAAAAAAUGACAAAAAUCAUACAAUUAAUGACCAAAUACAUCUUAAAUAUAUUCCGUGGAUGUGGCCGUGUGCCGCACAAAAUAGUUUUGGCGGGCCACAUGCGGCCCGCGGGCCGCGAGUUUGAUAUCACUGGUAUAAAUGAAAGAGUAACAUCAAGAAAUACUUGCUUCUUAUUUUUGUUUCUUUACUUGCUUUUUUAUUCUACAUUAUUUAGAGGUAAUACAAAUAGUAAAAAAGUUUACGUGGGUAUGCAUGGAUUACACAAAAAACAUGAUUGGUUUGUGAACAUGAUGUGAAUUGAAUAUCCCAAGACGUAUCAUUGUGCAUAUAGCUAUGCAAUCGGUAAAAUGCCAUAAAAUCAAUAUAGAAAAACUAAUGACCAUUAUUAAGUUUAAAGAAAUGUGUUAGAACAUCAAACACCCAACAAAACAAAACAAAUGAAAGGAAAAUUAAUAAUAGUGGCACAGUGCCAUUGAAAUCAUGAAAGAUUCUAGUUGUACCGCUGAGAAGGUUGCAGGCCGAUCGAGCAGCAAGGUAAUUGUACAAAUCUGCUGCGCACAGGAUUACUUAGGCAUGUAACAUAACAGUUUUAUUGUGUUGACGCCCGUUGUUGCCACACUGCAGAUGUAUUAUCAUAUUUUCCCCAGAACAACAAUUAUUCUAUGAAUGUAGCAGAGUGAGAAAAUUUAAUGACUUCGAGCUGUGAGCCGGCUUGAUGUUUAAGUAGAUGCAUCCACAACGUCUACAUAUCACACGAUCGCGAAGCGCAACUGAAUAUCUAGUAUAGUAUGUGGGCAAUUUAAAAUAUCUUGAGUUGGUUUGGAUUACUAUUUAUUACUAUUUACGUUCAACGAAUAGUCAUUUAGCUGCAAUUGCCACUAAUCUAAUUAUCAUUUUGUAAGUCUCUGGCUCAAUAAUAUUAGGCUCAAUCAAAUGUGCGGCAGUCUUCCGAAACAAAACAUUUUAAUCCGGCUCGAUUUCUAUUCAUUGACCUUGGUUCGUUUGCUUAGUGAUAAGUUUAUUUGUCUCUUCAGUGCACCAAUGCGAAAUAAGUUUUCAUAUCGAAGAAAUCAUAUUGUAUAGAAUGCUGAGCCAAAUCUAUUUGUUAAAUAUUCCAUUAAGCUUUUACUAUUUCUCAAAAAGCUUUAACGGACAAUUUGUGGCCUGCUAUUGCUAUCAAUAAUGAAGUCCAGUUCAUUCGGUCCAAUAUACCUCCCACUAUAAGACAUUGGAACGGUUUCAUGUAGUGGAAACAAAAAAACAGUAAAAGUUAUAAGCAUGUAGCACAUAACCAGCAAGGUCAUGACUCCAGUUUUUAUGUUUAAACAUGAUCCUGUCCUAAUCCUCUUCUAAUUUUUUUCCUUACUUCUACAUAUUACAAUGCAGUGUAUGAAAUGCAAUAAUUUCAAAGAUAAUGGUCUAACUUCAGUUAAUAUUGUUAGCCAAGUAUCGAGGUAGACUUAUGCACAAUUGAUAUUAACUAUCAAUCUAUGAAUUGGUGUACGCUACAGAUGAUACUGAUACGCUUAGCAAAAUUUAUUUGCGCAUGCGUUAGAUACAAAAAGGCGAAAAAAUCAAAGCCCUGAUUCGGAAACGGCAUCGAAUUAACCCUCGUCGCAUUGCUUUGUCUUAGUCAUGUACAUUAUUCUGGAUUUGCAGAAACAUGCUGUUUUAUCUCGCAUGCAUAGAUGCAGUACGGUAUUACAAAAUGGUCGAAAAUGAAAUAGAAAUCACCGUUGAUGAUGGAGGAAGUAGCAAAUGAUUUUGUUUUGUGGAAAAAAAAUGCAUGUGAUGCCCACAGACAUCUUAAAUGUGCCGAUUAACCAAUAAGAAAUCGUAUAAGACAAAAAAGGCUAUUUUAUUUAACUGAGCACGGAACAGUCCAAAUUGGACCGUUUUUUAUAUAAUUAAUGACACUCUAUACAACCAUUAACAAUCUGCAAGAAUAUGGAAAAAAUCGUUAAAAAAUGAAAUAGAAGGGCUGCAAUGGCGAAAGCAAGCGGGUUAUCUUUCGAUAAUACAUUUGCAGAGCACGAAGUAGUUUUCGUUGUCGGUUUUGGCUAGUUGAUAGGAGAAGAGCUUAUACAAGAUACAAACUAUACAAACUGAAUGUCAUUUUUCUAAACCAUCGUUAGUAAGUUGGCUGUACAACCGAGAAUAAAACUUUUACGCAACACCUUCUACUACACGCAAACCGGCGUAAUUGUAACACUCGGCGCGGUAUCUUUGAACUAACUCAUCAGUCAUAUGAACGGGUUGAUUGUUGAGCAAUAAAAAUCGCCAGCAUUAAACAGAGACACGUACUUGCAACUGUGAGCCGAUCGGAAGUAGCAACACUUUUGAUAAACACUGCAUAGCCUAGAAACAUGGAGCGUUUUUGUUUUAUAACUGUAAGUGAGACGCGGAGCCAUAUGUAUAAUCCGUAGCGUAAAUUGGAUCGAAACUUUCAAACGACACAAGCACCGCUUUAAAUGAACUGCCGUUUUUGAUCUGUGAGUACUUGCAUUCAAAAACAUACGUACGAUAUUUGCAAUUCGAUCUGGUCUCGGUGAAUGCUAGUGCAUCAUAUUUAAUACAUAGAAAGUUCAUUAAGUAUAUUUAGUUGACAUUAUUGUGUUGCGAGGACAGAAAUACUUUUUGAAAAUUUAUUAUAUUUAUACAGCAGUAGGCUGUCAUCAUCCUCUUGUAUUGAAAAUGCGGGCCAUUUUCGUUUGAAAUGUUGAAACACAGUUCAUUUCAAAAUUGUAGUAGGGCAUAAUAGUAUUGAUUGGAUUGUUAUUUAGAUGCAAAAAUCAAUAAACUGCUAUUAGGAAUAAAAAUUGAUCAUCAACAUUCAGACCCCCCCUAUAUUCAGCAGCCGGUGCUGUAAUAAUACGACCAUGUUAUUCGUUUGUAUAUGAACACGUAAUAUUCAUAUUUUAAUGAAAGCUAUCUGACAUAAAUUAAUCUUUUAUGUUCACAAACGAACAUUGCUAAAAUACUUAAAUAUUCCUGACAGGAUCCAGACCCGAGCUCUAGCAAUAAGAUAGAUGUUGCGAAGAUAACCUGCAAAAGGUUUACCAUAUCAUCCGCCCGCACCAAACAACCAAAUGCUUUUCUAUCCUGCAAACAUCCAAAUGCAAAAACAGGUUUGGCUUAAAUUUGCAGGUUAAAAAGUUUGAGCACAGACUUGUUAUGUUUUACUAGCUUUGUUUAUGAACCUAGGAUUCAAGUUAUUCUUUUGUUCAAAGUUUCAAUGAUGUCGCUACAGCAAAAAAAAAUGCGUAAACAACAAGGUAAAAUUGGUAAUGAUAAACAAAACAAACAA